UUCCCCAAUUUCUAAAAGCUAUAAGUUGUCCUCCUUCAAAAUUAGAAGGGCUUUUGGAUGAGCAAGUUCACGAGAAAACCAUGGCGGAAGAUGAAAGCAAGGAGAAAAUAGGAAAAGAUAGAAGAAAAAAGGAAGAAGGAGAAAAAAGUAAAGAAAUUAGCAAUGUUCAUCUAAUAAUGAAAUGGCUUCAUUUCUUCUUCUCUCCUCCAAUAUUUUGAUUCUGGUAAUAAAUCUGCAACUUAUUAUUCAGUUCGAAUUUGCCAAUGGAAUAGUAAGGCAUUGGAAGCAAACUGACUUUGAGCAGCCUUAGUUGUUCCUCGUUACUUUAUUUGUGAUGGAUAUAAGAAUGAGGAUAGUUGUACUGACCGGAGGAAUUGCUUCAGGGAAGAGCACUGUUUCCAAUCUUUUCAAGGCUCAUGGCAUUCCUGUUGUUGAUGCUGACAUUGUAGCUAGUAACGUUCUGAAGAAAGGAACUGAUGGUUGGAAAAAGGUUGUGGAUACAUUUAGUGAGGAUAUUAUACUGGAUAAUGGAGAAGUUGAUCGUGCAAUGCUAGGUCAAAUAGUAUUUGAUUAUCCUGGAAAACGUCAGCUUCUUAACAGGUGCUGAAUCAACUUAGCUUUGCUCUUGAAACACACUUUCUGAUGAAAGAGACAUAGAAAAAAGCAAAAAAGAUCAUGGCAUAUUCUAUCUCUAGCUCACAAAAUUAGAAUACAAACGUCAUUGUUCAAGGCAUCGGUGUACUGAAAACUAUCGUGACAUAAUGAAGAAGUCUUUUGGAUCAGAUUUCCCAAAUUCACAAGGCAGCUAUGAGCUAUUAUGUGAAAGUAUACAUGUCAAAGACAGCUCCAGCACCCUGGAAAGUAGUAUCAAACUUCAAUGAGAGUGCAACAUUUUUGAGUUUUGAACAAUUGUGAUGUUUGUACCUUUUACAUUUGAUUUUUGAAUUCAUUGCAUGUGCACAUCUUUAAUUUUUUUUUUAGUAUGUGUAGUAUAAGACGUGUUCUUUUAAGGUUAAUGAAAAUCUAUACAUUUGAAUAUU